UCGCAUGAAGUGAUUGGUAGUAAUCAUGAGUGUGUGUGUGAGUGGGUGCAAGGUUGCAGUUUGGUUGUGUGUGUGCUUUAUGUAUGUAGCAGGGUGGAGGGGGGGUCUGUCGAUCUGUACGGUACAGUAAACUAUCCAGGUUAAUGCCUGUAUAUUAGGUGUCAGAUGCCGCAUCACAUAAGAAAGAAUGAGGGCUGACAGAAGGGACAGGAAACAAUAUGCUCAGUCUUUCAAAAAUUCCGUACAGAUGCAAUUGGGACUAGACUUAAAAACCUGUUAAAGGUGUUUUUUUUCCUACUGGAAGUAAUUUGUGCAUCUGUUUUUUCCACUGACUGGACCAACAUGGAUGAUAAAUACAUGUCCAAACUGUCACCUACUGUUGAUUUUUGGACAGGGAUGUACCUGGUGAUAAUUGCUAUCCUGUCUAUCUUUGGGAACACGGCAGUCCUGGUCAACGCAGCUCGUCGCGCCGCCCUGCUCAAAGCUCCCGAGCUGCUGACGGUGAACUUGGCCGUGACGGACAUCGGCAUGGCCCUCAGUAUGUAUCCUCUGUCCAUCGCUUCGGCUUUUAACCACGCCUGGAUCGGAGGCGACACGUCCUGCCUCUACUACGGCCUGAUGGGCAUGAUCUUCAGCGUAACCAGCAUCAUGACACUGGCUGUGUUGGGGAUGGUCAGGUACCUGGUAACAGGAAGUCCACCCAUGACAGGUGUCAAGUUCCAGAGGAGAACCAUCAGUAUAGUGAUCAGUGCGAUCUGGCUGUACGCAAGCCUGUGGGCCUUGUUUCCUCUGCUGGGCUGGGGCAGCUACGGGCCAGAGCCGUUCGGAUUCGCCUGCUCGAUAGACUGGACCGGCUAUGGGGAGUCCCUGAACCACUCCACCUUCAUCACGACUCUGUCUGUACUCUGCACAUUCCUCCCCUGUCUGGUCAUCCUCUUCACCUAUUUCGGUAUUGCCUGGAAGCUGCACAGGGCCUACCAAUCCAUCCAGAGCAAUGACUUUCAAUAUGGCAAUGUAGAGAAGAAAAUCACUCUUAUGGCUGCGAUGAUCAGCUCAGGUUUCCUUGUUGCCUGGACCCCCUACGUGGCUGUCAGCUUCUGGAGCAUGUUGCACUCCCAGGAGCAGGGCCGCAUGAAUCCAUUCCUCACCCUGUUGCCAUGCCUCUUCGCUAAGAGCUCCACCGUGUACAACCCUUUCAUAUACUUCAUCUUCCAGCGCGCCUCAUGGCACGAGCUCCUCCGCCUCCAGAGGCUGAUGUUCUGUUGCUCUCAUCAGGCCAAUUCACCUGCCGACGGAGGGAAGCUCGAAGGCGAAAUGGGAAAAGGUUCUGAAUGCACCAUUUUUGAAAAUGGGACCGAUGAAACCUGUGUGGGUCUAAUGGGAGCUCCUGGCAGACAGUCUGGGAGUCAGAUGAUGCCUUUGGGCUAA